AUGUCAAACGCUAAACCUACGACUUCAUCGCUGAUUGUGCUACGCGGCUCAUCAUAUAGCAGUGUAUCCUCAGAUAAAAGUUCGGGCUCAUCGGACUUUGACAAAUAUUCUUCCCCAUCCUCGUCAGGACAGACCACUCCUGAAGAUGACGAGGAUAAGGUAUUCCAACUUGACGUGCGGCAUAUUUCUGCCUCAGAGAGCGAGGCGAAGCUCCGUCCGGUCUUGAGAGGCAGUCUCGCUAUGAAGAAGGCCGCAACUGCACUCCAUUCCCGGCAGCGCACGUUGUCUGCUGCUGUGAAGACGGUGAGUAGGGCAUUUACGGUCUUUAAGAAAAGGAGGUCGGACGAAGAAGAGCCUGUUUUCAUUGCUAGUCCAUUGCGAGAAAGGUUUGGUAGGAGGAUCUCGGUCAAAACCAGACCAGAAGAGUUCUACAGUCUUCCAAACCGAUACUUCUCCGUACACGAUUUGCCUAUGCAAAAGGCCAAUACUAUUGGACAUAAGGCAGAAAGAAGGAUUGCAUCCAUCUCGGGGCCACCGUCAUCGAGCAUCAACAAGCCAUCCCGUAGAUCACGCAACCUUAGUUUCAGUCUUCCUGGAUUCGUCGAGGAACUACAGGCCGCUAUGCCCUCGUCGCCACCUGUAGCCGCGCAAGUCCCUCUCGCUGACUCCUCUCAUGAAGAGCGUGAAUCGUCCCAGCGCAUUCUCACCAGUAUUCUCCGCGGGGUACUGUUUGUUCCCUGGUGCGCAACAGUAGGCGGGGCGCUUCUUCUAUUUCCUCAGGAACUCGAGCUUGUGGUAUUCCGCCCAGGCUAUCUCAAGUCCUUACAAGGUAUUCGUCGCUUUGCGCACUGGGCCGACUGUGCAUUCCACCAUGCCAUGAUCUUCCUGGCGUUCGUUGUUGCACUCAUGUGGUACAAGGCUGCUGUUGGUGUUCCGGUGGCUUGUGGGCUCAUGUCCAGGUUCUUGUAUGUUUGGACUGGCUUCCAGGUCGACUCGAGCGUCCCGCUGGGUUGGGAUGAUCAACAAAGCUUGUACUUGUUGGCGAAGGGCACGGUGUUUGAGAACCAGACGGUUCUCAUUAAAGGUUGUGAAGGAGAGCCGAGGAUUGCGCAGUUGAGAGAGGACUGA